AAAAUAGAAGAGUCAUUGACACAAGUCUUCUUUUAAAAAUUAAAUAAGCAGAAAACCACAUGACUUGUUGAGAAUCAUGUCUUUAAAAACCACAGAAGUUAAUCUCAACAAUGUACUUCUCAAGAAAAUUGUUCCACCACUCCUCUCUACUCUCAUCUCAAUUUCUUCUUCAUCUAUUUUUCUAUCUUUGGUAACAUUAAUUCACCGGAAAAUAGUGCAUUCAGUUGAAUGUGUUAAGUCAAAUCUUUGUCUUUAACUUUUCAAUAUGUCUUAUUACGAUUCUUCCUCCAAAAACUCAUCAUGUGCUUGUCACUGCUUCAAAUUAAUAGUGAGUUUAGGCGUCACAGCUCUGAUCCUCUGGCUAAGUCUACGUACCACGAAGCCUAAAUGUUUCAUCGGAGAUGUUUAUGUGCGAGGCCUUGACAAAUCGGUAAACUCCAACAACAAUGCAACGAUGCGGGACAACAAUUUGUCGUUUCAGCUCAAUCUGAAGAACGAAAUGAAGGACAAGGGGGUCCGCUACUUCGAUAUUAACCUCAAAUUCUACUAUGGUACAAACACUAGUUACCCUAUUGGUAAUCAUACAUUUGAUGGAUUUAAACAAGGCAAAGAUAAAGAAGCUUUUAAAAGUGGCAUGAUUGAGACUCAUAAUAUGCCAUGGGAUGAUGCAAUUAAGGCUGUUUCAAACGGAUCUAAGGCAAUUUUUAGAGUUGAUGUGAGUAGUAGAAUUAAGUACAAAAUUACAUUUUGGUAUACUAAGAAACAUCAUUAUUUUGUGGAGAAUAAGGUUGAAGUUGAUGAUACUGGUAAAUCUAGUGCACAACAACUUCAUUGUUGUUUUGGGGUUUUUGGACUUACAUUAUUUGUUUUAUCAUUUUUACUUUAAUAUAUUAGUUUUGGGGUUCAUGAAGGAGAAGAA